UGUUCUUUAUAUUCUUUAAAAUAAAAUCUUACACUUUUUACCCCCAAAAAAUGUUGUAUAAAACCCAUCUCCAUCUGAAACUUAAACCUCCCCUCUUCUCCCAUUAACAAAAUUUGAAUUUCUACUCCUUUUUUUGCUUCUGGGUGUUCCAAAAAUCAAAUCUUUUUUAGUGGGGGAGGGUGUUCGAUUGUUAAGAAUCCGUUGAAUAUUUUGAAGAAGAUGAUCUUGUUGAACAACGGAUGCAUUCUAUGGAACUUGCUUGCGAUUGUUGAGAUAAAAUUCUGUGUCGAGAAAAGUUUUUAUUUUUGGAUUUUUCAGAUUUUCAAUAGAUACAAUACGGAUACUUAACAAAACCGAUAAUUUUUCAACAUUGUUGUUUUAAGUUUUAAGCUGCUUUUGAUCUUGUUUUUGUUCUAUAGUUUUUUUCUGUGAAUUAAUUUUUAAAAAAAUAUGGGAGGGGCGACAUUGCCACCAGGGUUUCGGUUUCAUCCAACAGAUGAAGAAUUAAUCGGGUAUUACCUUAAAAGAAAGGUCGAAGGGAUUGAAAUUGAACUCGAAGUGAUUCCAGUUAUCGAAUUGUACAAGUUUGAUCCAUGGGAAUUGCCUGAUAAAUCUUUUCUCCCAAAACGCGAUAUGGAGUGGUUCUUUUUUGUGCCACGUGAUCGCAAGUACCCGAAUGGAUCGCGUACAAAUAGAGCUACAAAUGCGGGGUAUUGGAAAGCCACAGGAAAAGAUCGAAAAGUGUUUUCAAGAGAUCGAUCUUCUUUGGUGGGGUAUCGUAAAACCCUAGUUUUUUAUCGUGGUAGAGCACCAUUAGGUGAUCGUACGGAUUGGGUGAUGCAUGAGUAUCGAUUAUGUGAUGAUGUUUCGGGAGGUGCACCAAGUUUUCAGGGACCUUAUGCAUUGUGUCGUGUGACAAAAAAGAACGAGUCAAAAAUAAGCUAUGUUAAUAGUGAACCGAAAACCACGGAAAUUGGAAGCAGUUCUAAAGGAGUUAUAAAUGAGCCAAUGGUUCUUCAAACAAGCACCCGUAUAGGCGAUGAGAGUAAUUUAUCAAGUCCUCUAACUUCUUAUGAGAAAAUUUCUACAUCCGAGAACGAACCAACUUCAUCAAUAGGCUUCAACAAUUCUUCAAGCUUUUGGGUCUCACCCGAUUUGAUUCUUGAUUCUUCCAAGGAACAGUCGAAAGGACAAGAAGGGCACUUCGGGAAUUUCACAGUGAACGAGAUACCACACCCGAUGAGUCCAUGGCAACCUAAUCACCAAUUUGAGAUCUCACCAAGUUCAUCAUACUCGAAUUUUACAGAUGAAGUUGAACUUGUUGAUGAUCUAAGUCGAUUUGCAUACAUGUCACCAUAUUCAGGAAACCAAAGCUUUACGGGAAUAUUUGGAAGUGAAGAUCAGUUUCCAUUUGAGUUUUAUGGAUGAAGUUGAAUAUGUAGUUUCAGGAAUGCACAUAAAAAUGUGUUCUUAAGUUAUGUUCUAUAUAAAGGUUGUUGAUUAAUUUCUAGGUGUUAUUUGAUGCUUUAUAGUAAGAAUACGAAAAUACCCCUGAGCUAUAAUCAUUUUUAUCGAUUGUUGCUAGGAAAUGUUGUAAUUGCUGCUUGUAUAAGCUUCUUUUAUGGAAGCCAUCUAC